ACUAUUGGCGGGUAAAACGUGGAAACGUGUACAAACGUCAAAUUAUAACUUUUUAUUGCAAAAAUAAAAUUAAUUUUAUGAAAUAAUAUAUUUAUUAAUAUGUUAAUUCAUAUGCUGUAUCACUGUGUUACUUGAAAAUAUAUUUAAUUGUUAAAAUUUAAAUAAGUCAUGGAUAACGACGAUGAUUCAGAUUUAGGAGAUAUGUUAAAUGAUCUCCUUGCAAACAAUGAAGAAUCUGAAUGUGAACCAAAAAAAUCUGAAACUUCUUUAAAAGAAUUGAAUUUUAAUUUUCUCGAUUCUGCUUCAAAUUCAAUUGAAAAAUCAUCAAAGGAAAGUACAAAUUCAAUUUACAAUGAAAAUCUUGACUCAUCUGACGAUGAAGACAAACGAUAUUUUGAAUUAAAUAAAUAUUCAGAGGGUGGUCGUGAAAUAAGAAAUAUUCUCAAAAAAGAGGAAUUUGAGAAAAAGGAUCAAUUCAUUACCAGAGAAGUAUUACGUGAAAGCAAAGAAUCUUUUGAUUUUAAUAAUGCAAGAGGAAAUAGUUCUCAAUCCAGCACAAUAAAUAAAUCUAAAUAUCAUAAUAAUUUAUCCACAGUUUCAACAACAAAAGCCUCAAUAUCAAUUGACGUUUAUAGUGAUCCAAUAUUUGGACUUCGAAUAGUAAAACCAUUAAUAUCAUCAACAGAAUUAAAAGAUCGAAUGCUUGGUCGAACUCCAAUUACAAUAUCAAAAGUAAAAUCACAUUUAGCCACGGGAAAUCUUCAAGAUGAUUGGGUAAUUGCCGGAGUUGUCAUAAAUAAAUCACCAAUUUUAAAAUCACAAAAAGGAAGUCAAUAUUGCAUUUGGAAAAUCUCUGAUCUUUCCUUUGAUAUGAAUGUUGUUUCUGUUUUUCUCUUUAGUGGAGCAUAUAAAGCCUUAUGGAAAACCGAAACUGGUGUUUGUAUUGGUAUUUUAAAUCCAAAUGUUUUAGAAAAUAAAGAUGAUAAGGAUCAAGCAACUUUAUCAGUCGAUAAUGCACAAAAAGUCAUGAUUCUCGGCAAUUCCAAGGAUAUGGGACUUUGUAAAUCAACAACCAAAAGUGGUAAACCCUGUUCAUCGGUUGUUAAUCGAAAUAGAUGCGAAUAUUGUGUUUAUCAUGUUCAAAAAGAAUAUAAACAAUGUUCACGUCGUGCUGAUAUUCAAUCAAGCGCAAAUGGAAGAGGUCUUGGACCACCUUCUGGAUUUGGUAAAAGUUUUGGUGGAAAAAAAAUUCAAGCCGCCAUAACUCAAGCGCAGCCACAAAAUUUUUUUGGAAUUCCCGCUAAACGAAAUCAAAAACUUGUCGAUAAAGAUCGUGAACGUUUGGCUUUACUUACUGGCAUGAAAAAACCCGAGAAAAAAGAAGAAAAAAAUAAAAUUUUAGAAAACACAAGUUUAGAUAAACCUGAAACUAAACGACACAUGGUAGAAUUAACAAAUAAUCAAUCGAAAAAAGAUUUUGAAAGAUUGAAUAAAUUAAAAAAUCUUACAAAAAAUGAAACAAAGGAAUCUUCUUUGAAAGAAGAUAUAGAAAUUACUUUUGAAAUUCCCUGUGUAUCUUCGACUCCACAGAAGAAAAAUGGUUUUACAUUGAGCAAAUUACAAGCAAUGAAUGCUGAAGAAGAUACAUCUUAUUUAUCAAAAACUCCAGGCUUCACUCGAAGUAAAUUACAAGAAUGGACAAUGAAACAAGGAUUUGCAACACCAUCAAAUGAUUCAAAAUCUUUUGAUUUAAAUAGCCUUUCAAAAUCUUCAAAAUCAAAGACAAUUACAAAAUCUUCCUCUGGACUUUCAAAUUCAUUUUCAUUUCCACGACUUGGCAAUGGAAUCACUUCAGGAAAUAUCGAUUUAUCGGAAUCAAUUACCAAAAAACAAAAGGACUCUGCAAAAAUAAAUGCUUUGAAAUUUGUUCAAGAAAAUGGAAAAUUCAAAAAAUCAAAUCCAAAUCACAUUCUUAUGAGUAAAGAAAAAAAAGAACAAUCCCUAAAACGAAAACGAGAAAUUGAACAAGAAGAAGAGAGAAAAGAGAAAAAAUUAAAGGAAACAAAAAAUUUCACCACCAAAUUUAAAGAAAUGUUGGAAACAACAUCGGCGCACGUUAAUCUUAUUGAAAAAUCCGAAGAAGAAGAGAAAGAAAAAUAUUUUGGUAAAUUAGAGAUAAAAGAAAAAAUGGAAGAAAAAAUGAUGUCAACAUUCAAGGUUCCAUGUAAGGCAGUGAUUUGUUCAAUUUGUAAAUACACGGCAUUUUCAAGAUCAGAUUUAUGCAAAGAAUUGGGACAUCAUGUUAAAGUUCAUGAUGCUGUAAAGAGAUUUUUCAAAUGUGGCGAUUGUGGAAAUAGAACUGUGACUUUGGAUGUUGUACCAACAGUUAGUUGUAAAAAAUGUAACAGUUCAAAUUGGAAGAGAGCUGCUAUGAUGGAUGAGAAAAAGGUAAAAAUUCCCGGAACAACAUUAUCAAUACGUGGGGGCGAAGAGAAAUUUAUUGGAUCUGAAGUUUCAAAUACAAGUCUCAAUCUUCUUGUACCAGAAUAAAUUUUCAAGUACUAAGUUGUAUUAUAUUUGUAAAUAAUUAUCAUUGUUUUGUUCAGAAUUAUGUAAUAUGACAAAUUUACACUGGUACAAUAAAAUACUUUGAAAAAAACAAAUUUUAAUUAAUAUAUUUUAAGAAAAUAAAUCUUUUAUUCUGCAGUGAUAAAAUUAAAUUAAAUAAAAAAAUCGAUUAAUAAAAUGUAUCUGAAAUAAAAAUAAUUAUUUUCACCUACGAAUAAAAAGUAUAUCUCAUUAAAAUAUUCAUUUUUUUUAUGAGGAAAUAUAUAACAAAGUAGUACAUUUAAAAGAAAAGAAAAUUCAUUGAGCCAAACAUGCAGGUUCUUUUAAAUAAAUGCAAAUACAAAUUGUAAAAGUUAUAAAUGACAAUUUAAUCCUUAAUUCGAGGGCCGAGUCUGAUAAUCUGUAACCUUUUUUUUUUAUGUAUUUUUAUCGAAUGAAGGAUGAUACCCGCUAUCCUUGUUUUUUUUUUUUAGUAAUAUAAAAAUUUAUUCUCUAUGUUAAACCAAUUUCAAUUUUCAUAUCUAAAGUCACCAUUUUCACAGUUUUUUUCCGCCCGGAUAAACAUAGUUUUUUUUUUUUUUUUUUGUUUUUGUUUUUCUUUUAGCAGCACUACAAUUAACUAGUAACAAAUACAUACCAUUUGAUACCCAUUGAAUCAUUCAACAUACAUAAAUAUUGCAUUGCAUUGUACAUACACCAGGCAUGAGGCUUAAAUUUAUAACGUUCAUAAUUUUCCCAAAAUUUGAACAAUAUUUUUGCAGUGUGCUUACAUCGUUGCAUUUUUCAAAAUCGAUACAAAGCAUCGCUUGCCUGAUUCACUAUACGAAAAAAAAAUGAAAGAUUUGUUUUUUUAAAGUUCAAAAAAAAAAAAAAAUUAUUGUAACUUUGUAAGCUAAGUACAUUUGUAAAACAGAAAAAAAAAUCAAAAAGUAAAAUAAAAAGAAAAAUACUUUUCUUUUACUCCUCUACAAUUGGAUUUAUAUCUCUUUAAUUAAUGAGAAUCAUCAAAAUAAGAGUGACAUCUCUUUAAAGAGAUGUUUAAUAAAUAAUCUAGCUAUCUACUCAAAAAAUUAAUCAUUCACCUUUAAUUAUCAGUCAAAUCAGAGAUUGGAACAAAAAACACAUUCUUGAGCAAUUUUUCAAAUUUUUUUUUUUUUUU